CGGACUCCGGAGGCCUCCAUCAAAAUCCCCAUCCUAACCAUCGCGCCUGUUAUUACUACUUCCUCCAACCCUUAUCUCCUCCCAACCCUAACCCUAGCCCUUUGGUAGGGUUUGGGGCUGUCCUCCUCGUCCCCAGUCCUCCACGGUUGCCGGUGGAAGCUGGCCUUUUUGGAGAUGUUAAUUGAUGGUUGAUGCUGAUUUCUCCCUUCUGGUACUUGUCUGUGGGACUGUAAAGAGUUACCUUGUUGCUGCUGAAUUUUUGUGUGGAAGGAGCAGGAGUCCAGACUUGAAUUUGUGAUUUGAUUGGAGAACUUUGUUUUGGGGGCUUUGCAGGCUGAGAUAGCUGACGAAGAGAGUCUGGAAGAUGUCAAGUGGAAACACACAUUGGUGUUAUGCUUGCAGGCAAGCGGUCCGGCCUCGUGGACGGGAUGUGAUCUGCCCCUACUGUGAUGGAGGCUUUAUACAGGAACUGAAUGAGAUAGAUGGUGGUGCCCUCAGCCCUUUUGAUUUCUCUGGACUGGAAACAGGUGAAGACCAUGAUCGUCGAUUUAAUAUUAUUGAGGUCUUGUCAGCCUUGAUGAGGCAACGGAUGACAUUAAGGAACCGUGACAAUGAUGUUCGUGGUAGGCCUGGUAUGAUCGCAGACAAUGGGAUGGGAUUUGGCCCAGGUCCCUGGCUGAUCUUCCGUGGCCAGCUUCCUGUUCGUAUGUCAGAGCAUGGAGGUAUGGAGGUCCUCUUUAAUGGUGCCCCAGCACUUGGGUUGAGGCGUGCCAACGUGGGGGAUUACUUUUUUGGUUCAGGUCUUGAUGACCUGAUUGAACAGCUUACUCGAAAUGAUCGGCAUGGUCCACCACCUGCUUCACAGUCAGCAAUUGAUGCGAUGCCCACCGUGAAGAUAAACCAGAGGCAUCUUCGUGGUGAUUCACACUGUCCAGUUUGUAAAGACAAGUUUGAGUUGGGAUCUGACGCACGUGAAAUGCCAUGUAAGCAUUUAUAUCACUCAGAUUGCAUCACUCCAUGGUUGGUCCAGCACAAUUCCUGCCCAGUUUGUCGCCAUGAGUUGCCAUCACAGGGCUCUGGAAGUAACACCCGCAGCCGUUCGAGCAAUCAAAAUCCAAAUUCUGGUGCCAGAGACAGUGAGAAUAACAAUUAUUCCACAAGUAGGGAAAAUGGUGGAGAAAGUCAAGGGAGGCGAAAUCCACUAUCCUUUCUGUGGCCUUUUCGCUCCUCAAACCCUAGUUCGAAUUCUCACCAGAAUGAAUCAGGGGGAAGCAGUUCUGCUGCUGUUCAUGAAGAUAUUAACCAGAUGAGUUACUCCGGAUGGCCCUUUGAUUAUUGAAAUCUAUCUUCAGCUAGUUCUUUGAUGAUCCUCCUAUCGAUGAACAUAGUUCACUUCUGCAGUUUCAUGUUCCAUUUAAGCAAGAUUCCACUAUAUUCAAUGAUGAAAUUGACGUUUUCAUAUGAAACCUUUGUUGUAAGGUCAUGAAACAUCUAAAGGUCCUUGCUGUCUUCAGUGUGAAUGGUGGCUAUGCUUUCUUCUGCAGCAUUUGCUUUGCUUCUUAUUGCGUAAAUUCCAUGAAAAUUUGUCGCAUAAAUAUACUUUUGUUUACCUUAUUUUGCUUUUGGAUUUCUAGUGUGUUCAUCAUGAGAGGCUCAGCUAUCAUGUUUAUACAUGUAAAAAGGUAAAAAAAGAGCUAAUAAUAUCCCUAUGUAUCCCUUGAGACAUCUUGUUUUUUAGUUAA